UAGGCCUGAUGUUUAUAUAACUGCAAAUGGGAAGAUCAGUCUUAAAGAAAUGGCAAUUAUCCAAAGAAUCUUAUUCUUCUAUCAUCUUACGCUGUGUGGUAUUCACAACCAGUUGCUGAUAUGUGUGUUUAACCCAUGAAAUGCAGCAACAGAGCGCAAUAUGUGCGCUAAAAUGUGUAAAACAUAUAAUCCUACAUGUUGCAAGUUUGAGGCCUUUGUGGGACUAACGAUGGUAUAUAAUCAGGAGUGGUUUCUGUAAACCAGACAGGCUUGACUUUGAUGAUGGUGGUGGCGAUGAUGAUGAUGGUCAUACAGGCCCAAUGAUUCACGCUGUUCUUAAAAAUCAGUUAUAUCUAUCCACAUUUCACUUGUCUGAGAGAUUUAAUUCUAUUUUAUGUUAUUAUAUAUUGCUUUAUGUUAUUGUUUUAUUCUGAAAAACGGUUCAGAAGUACAUCAUGUUGAUAUUGCGCCGCCUCAUCGAGCUGUUUCGCCUCUUUUUUAUCCAAAACAUUUACAUUUUCGGACAAAUAUUUGCUCUGAUUCUGGCCAAUUUGUGAUUUUGCAAAAACUAUGAAGGCAAUAAUGACCGUGUUAAACAUUUUGUUGUAUUUCCGGCGCCUCUGCAGCGCUUUUCUGUAUCGUAGUGUUUGAUCCUGCUGUUUUACAAGAGCUUAUAUAACAUCAUGUGAUCCUGUGAAAACAUGGGAUUGUCUUGUUUUUGUGUUUCUGUCAUUACAGCUUUAUAAUCAGUGGGUCUAUUUGUUUGUUUGUUUGUUUACUAAAUGUUCAGCAGCUGUCAGGCUGCAGGGCUGAGGCCUGCUUGAGAGGCGUUUACUUAUUGAAGCCAAACAUUAAGAUGUUUAAUUCAAACGUUUAAAUCCAAAUGAUUUUUAAAUGAAUAUUAUUAAAAUAACAAGAUUUACAUCAAGAGCGCACCGGAUCUGAAGCAAAAGCAGAGACGAAAAAUAGGAUUAUUAGGAAACAUAUCCCACAAACAUAUAUAUUUUCUGCAUAAUUCAUCCCAAACACUGCAAGGUAUUUAAGAUUGACAUUAUUUUAACAAUGCAGGGCUUUAUUUCGUUAUUUUUAAUUAUUUAUUAUUUAAUUGAGUGUUUUUUUCCAAAAACUAAAGCUAAUCAAAAAGCUAGAAAUUGUCUUUAUGGAAUUAAAACAUCAUAAAUAGAAAUUAUAACACUUAUUUGAACAAAUUCACAAAUUUGUUUUGCUACAAAAUGCUGUAAAUCGUAAUAUUAGCUAUCCUAUAAAAAAGGGCUUUAACUUAAAGACACCACAUUUUAAGGUUAUUAAUAAUACUAAGCAACUUAUACUGCUUAAUUGAUACAUAAUGAACAUGCUAUUAAUAAAAGGUAUUAAUAGCAAAGUUAAUUAACAUAAUGAUAAUAGUAAUAAUAAUAAUAACUUUAAUUAUCUGCCUAAUUAUUUCUAAACACAGUUAUUAAUAGAGUUUUGAAUCAUGAUCCAGGCUUAUGUCACACAUUUAUACUCACACCGUUUUAAAAAAAAAACGAGGAACUAGUUUCCACUAGAUGAUGAUGAUGAUGAUGAAGGUGAUGAUCCGUGUGGAAGCGCGUGUUCUCCCUCGUGUCCUCUGCACGUAUCCAUGGACUUCAGUCACAGCUGGUGUUGAAUCAGAAAUCAGGGCGAGCUCACACCUUUUUCAAAGAGUGAAAAAAAAAAUCAACAUUAUUGACGCAUGAUUUUUCUUCCAUCCAUUUGGAUUAAUUAACACUCAUUAUUGGGAUUUAUGGCAGCUGCGUUGAGAAUACAAUGUUUUAUUUGUUUAUCAGUUACUAUUUACCAAGAUGUAAGUGGAGGUUAGAGGAAGAGGAGGAGGGAAAGGGAGCCAGUCAUUUGUGCAUAAAUGGGAAUAAUGCGCAAAGUGUUUGGCAUUUCAUUGCGAUGUUUUUUGCAUUGUGUGUGUGUGUGUGUGUGUGUGUGUGUGUGUGUGCGUGUGUGUGUGUGUGAGAGAGAGAGAGUUUGUGCACGCGUGCUUGUUUAUAGCGGAGAGGGAGAAGUCCGUCUGCUAUAUUGGGCUUUUUCUCCAUACAACGAAAAGUUAUUAAACAAAUGUUGUUCUACAUGUAGCAUGUUGGGUUUUUUUGUUUGUUUUUAGUGUAUAUGUAUUUCUAUGAGUCGCAGCUUCUCUGUGAGUGUGUGCGUGAGCGUGCGUAAAGACCGACAGGCUCGAGCGCUUCAUUUCGAUUCACCGGGGACCCCUGCGCGCAACAAGAGCCCCCCAUGGGUGCAAUAGUGCAAACACAGACGGCGGUGAUUGGCCAGCGGUUGAUCAGAUGGUACACUUCCCCUCUGUAUUCAGUGGCACCUCACAACCCCCCCUUUCAGCAAAAACCAAAUCUCGGAUAAAGUAAUGGCAAAACCACUUGGACUAUAAAAGACAACAAAUCAUAUUCCUCCGGAGUAUAUACACCCCGUUGUCCACCCAAUGAGUUCCUAUUUUGUUAACUCAACUUUUCCCGUGUCUCUGCCGGGAGGACAGGACUCUCUCCUGGGUCAGAUACCGUUAUAUUCUUCGGGAUACACUGAUCCGUUAAGACACUACUCCAACGCGGCCACAUAUGGAGCAGCCAACAUGCAGGACAAGGUUUACCCGGCGUCCUACUACCAGCAGACGGGCGCAGCGGCCGCGGCCAUCUACGGAAGGGCCGGCGGCGGAGCUCACUGCGAAUACAACCCGGUCGGGACUUUCUACAAGGACGCGGAGGGCUCGUGCGCUUUCUCGAGCCGUGACGACCCGCCACUGUUUGUCACUCAGGAGCAGCGCAAAGCGGAGUGCCCGGAGCAGACUGUCAGUAUGAGCAGCAGCAGCAUCGACGACAAGUCCUCCACUCUCAUCUACCCAUGGAUGCAGAGGAUGAACGCCUGCUCCGCCGACACACCACUACAGAUUUCGAGUGCAUUCUCAGGUCCAUUUGGCAACAGUGGCCGCAGGGGCCGACAGACCUACACCCGCUACCAGACUCUGGAGCUGGAGAAGGAGUUCCACUUUAACCGCUACCUGACCAGGAGACGCCGGAUAGAGAUAUCCCACGCCCUGUGUCUGACGGAGAGACAGAUCAAAAUCUGGUUUCAGAACCGCAGGAUGAAAUGGAAAAAGGAGAACAAACUCCUGAAUCCCUCAAAGACACCCGAGGAGGAGGAACAGGCGGAGAAAAAAAGCUAAAAGGACACUGAAAGAAAGGCAUGUGUGUGUUUGUGUGCACACUCCUAAAAAUAAAAUGUAUUUCUUUGUAGAUAACGUGCUUCAAAUCCCAUGUUAGAGACGUGUAGAGUGAUAGACUUUAUUUCAGUAUCUGCACGGUGAUAAUGUCUGCAUUAGGUUAAAAUCAGGUCCUCCUCUGUUUGUCCUUGUGCUCGUGUCUUUAUUUAGGGGACUAUGCAAAAUCUGCCAAAAUGUAAAUAUUUUUGAGUGUUUAGUUUUUGACAAUGUUGUUACCUCAUUAUCGUAGGUCUACUGAGUUUUAUUUUUAUUAUUAUUUUUAUGGCAUUAAAAGAAGCUUUUGUCCUUCACUGUACAUCUUGUCGUGUUAGUUGUUCUAUAAUAAUAAUACUACUAAUAAUAAUAAUAGUCUUGUUGUUUACAGCUGU